AUGCGUCAUACACUCAAUGGAAAGCACAAAAUCGGGUUCAUUGAUGUCUCCCUGCCAAAACCAGACCUCGCUCUUGAUCCAUUGCUUGCAAAAACUUGGCAAUGCAUCAACGAUAUCGUGACUACUUGGUUGCUAAAUUUGAUUUCAAAAGAUAUCAGAGAAAGUGUGAUUUAUGUUGGCUCAGUUGCGCUUUUAUGGCAAGAUUUGGAAGCUAGGUUCUCCCAGAGUAACGCGCCUCAAAUCUUUAAGUUAAAGAAAUCACUGAUGACGCUGAGUCAAGGAUCUCUCACUGUCUCACAGUACUUCACAAAGCUGAAGAUUUUUUGGAAAGAACUCAACACCUUUAAGCCUCUUGUUGCCUGUUCUUGCGGUGGAGUGAAUGUCAUCCAAGCGUAUCUCGAUCAAGAGUACAUUAUGUUGUUCCUCAUGGGCUUGAAUGACAACUUGGUAAAUGUGAGGAGCCAAAUUCUGCUCUCAAAUCCUCUACUUCCAAUUGAAAAAUUUUUCUCGCUAGGGCUGUAA